CAAAUGUCAAAAUACUGUGAUGGAUCUGUGAAUUGUUUGUUUGUAAGAAAAUCUCGUUAGAAAGUAAUAAAAAACCGAUUUAUGCCAGAAUUAAAUGCCGCCGAUAAUACACAGAAACAAUAAUUCUUUCGUCUUAUUGCAAAGGAUUUAUUUGUCAUGGUGGCAUUAUUCUUUUAAGUGGUUAGCCUUGAAGUAGAUGUCAUCUAUUAUCGUAAAUGAGUCUUGUUUAUUCUACAUUUUAGUGAUAUUAGUUGUGUUUUCACGAUUAUAUGGCUUUGAUAUUUGACUUAUGUUUUACGUCAAUCCGGAAGAGGCAUGUUUUACCCACGUAUUAGGGAGAAAGGUGCAGGUUUAGUAAUCCUCAGCUGGACUUGUCUAGCUGUUUUGUGCGCCGCAUCUACAGCACCCUGCGACAAGACCCGUAGGGUUUUCACGGACAAGAGUGGUAUUAUCACAGACGGACCCACUAACUCUAACUACACUCAGGACUCUCACUGUGAAUGGCUCAUCAAAGCUGGAAACAAAAGUCAAUUCAUAACCCUAAGUUUCCUACGAAUGGGCACAGAAUGUUCCUAUGAUUAUAUAUUUGUGUAUAAUGGGGAUUCAUUUGAUGCUCCAUUAUUGGGAAGUUUCAGCGGAAAGACUGAACCACAAAAUGUUACGGCUUCUAGUGGUUUUAUGCUAAUUUUACUAUAUAGUGAUACAAAUUAUGUAUUAGAUGGAUUUCGAGCAACAUAUGCAAUACAUGACUGCCCCAAUAACUGCUCAGGGCAAGGAGAAUGUGUUACCCACAAGUGUUUCUGUUGGGGGAGAUGGGGAGGUCCUGAUUGCAGUAUAGAUCUGUGCCCCAAUGGAUGUUCAGGCAAUGGACAAUGCAAAGGAGAUAAAUGUAUUUGUAGAAAAGGAUAUUCUGGUGAAUCUUGCUCCCUUAAACAUAAUGACAAGAAAGGCAACAGUUGGCAUUGGCUCUCUAGAUCUGAAGGUGGGAUGACUAGACGUGCAGCUCAUACAGCAGUAUACAUCAACCAUACAGACUCUCUUUAUGUAUUUGGGGGAUAUGAUCUGAAUAAAGUUUUGGGUCUCCUAGAAGUGUAUAGGUUUUCAACUAGUCAAUGGCAUGAUGAACAUGGAAGAGUGUUAAGAAGAUAUCCAACAAAUGAAGAAAUGGAUAAAUCCUUAUUGACUCUUUUUAAAAAGGGCAAUAAUGACGGCAGCUGGCACAUCGGAAACGGAAGUUCAUUGUUUACUUUAAUUUUGUCAUCAUUCUCAAAUCCUGACAAAACGACUCUACCUCUCAUGUAUUCCCAUUCACCCACGCCAUAUUCUGAAAGUUACCUACAGUUCACUGACCGACCAGAAUUGAUGACUAUGAAAUCCAAUUAUACUAAACCUGAACCUAGAUAUGGUCAUUCAGCUUGUGCUUAUGGUAAUGGUUUUGUUCUCUAUGGAGGGAAACUUUCUGAUGGCAGUUUGUCAUCAGAGUUGUGGCUGUAUGAUGUUAAGAUAAAUGUGUGGAGUUUAAGGGCUAUUAAUUCGACUUUUGUCCCUCCGGGUCUUACAAGGCAUACCCUAACUGCAGUGAGAGAUGAGCUGUAUCUUUUUGGAGGCAGCACAGUAGAAGGAGAAUUCUCUUCAAGCAUGUACAAGAUCAAACUAAGUGAUGUUAGUACGGAGUCUUGGGAGAAAGUGCAUGUAAGAGGAGGCAAGGAAUUGGAUGUACGCGUCGUCGCUCAUACAGCGGUAUACCACUCGCAUUCAAAUUCUAUUUUAGUUUAUGGUGGUGUAGUUGCCAGCGUUGCUAGAUUUUCAAAACUAUCUGAUAGAAUGUUCGCUUUUGACAUAGACUACAAACAUUGGAGUGAAAUACAUUACCCCAGAGCUCAUCUGCGAGAUACAUAUGUACCUAGAGAAAGAGCAUUUCAUACUUCUACAGUAAUUGGUAAUUACCUAGUAGUGUUUGGAGGAUAUUCUCAUCGUCAUAACAGAGAAGAGAUUUGUUACGACGGUCAGAUGUACCUAUAUCACCUGGGCUGUCACUCAUGGAUCCCUUUAGAUGUUUUGGGCAAGAUACCUAAGUUUUAUCCGAAAAAACAGGGUGUCUUCGCGCAUGCUGCUGCACUCAAGCCACCAUCAACUUUAUUGAUUGCUGGUGGAUAUCACGGAAAUGUUAAUGGGGACUUACUGGCAUAUGUUGUGCCGAGUUGGCAGGCCGGUAUUAGUAAUGAUAACCCAGAGUCCGCGUGCCCUAAACAUCAUACGCAACCUGAAUGCCUCGCAGAUCCGGAAUGUGGCUGGUGUUCGGCUGAUGAUAUUUGCUAUGGAAGAACAAUAGGAUCAAACUGCACGACAAAUUUGCAAUCGAUUCGGUGCGGUGGCAUUUGUCCUGCCCUCGGAGACUGUCGCUCCUGCUUGAUACAUGGCCCCCCGCCUAGUGAGAAUGGCACGCGAACACCUCUGCCCUCAGUCAGCACUAAGCUGGGCCUUUAUAAGUGCAGCUGGUGCGUACAGAAUGCCCGCUGUCACCAUAAAGAUGACAAUUAUGGAGUUUGUGGCGAAGACACUCCAUCAGAAAAUCCCGGUUGGUGGGGCACGACCGGUACAGAAGUAACUACACCCGAGGAAUGUAAAAUUUUAGACAAACGACCCGGCCUUACGUUCCUCAGAUACCAGCAGCCCGCUGAUUGGAAUCACCCAGAUGCUGUUUCAGUGGUAAACGCUACUACAGUAGACUGGGGUACAGGAGGUGGCAGCAAUCAUAUUUUCAGUGGUUCCAGUGAAGCGAGGCUCAAGGGAUGGUUGCAUAUACCUCAGUAUUGGAAUGGAACGGGAGAACUGUUACAUAUCUGUGCUGGUUAUUCGAAUAUAUCUCUCACUUUAGGCGAAAACACUGAAUCCGUAGCAAAUUUGACUGCACAACCGUCUGCUUGUUCUCUUGUUGAUUGGCCAGCACUGUUCCCUGGUCGCUUAUCGGUCGAUAUGCACGCUAAUGAUUCUCUACACACUGGCCUCUAUCCAUCGCAUCACCAUGCAAAAAUGGAAUUAUUACAUAACAAAUCUCAAGAAAGUGCAAAGGUAUUUACUUUCGAGUUUCUGGAACCGUAUUCAGACGGCCAAUGUGAAAAUUACGGCAACUGCUUAUUGUGUUUAUCAGAUGCUGCAUGUGGUUGGUGUGAAUUGACAAAUCGUUGUGAACUGAGAAAUUCGGAUGAAAAAAUCAUGUGCGCAGCAGAUGGGGAAUGGAGAUACCUCACGCUACAACCGGCUGCUUGUCCAAACUGCUCAAAUUAUAUAAGUUGCGAGAGAUGUGUUUCCGGUAAUUUUUGUGAAUGGUGGGCUGAUGAGGCAAGAUGUGCUCGACGAGGGCGAGCUAGUGGUGCCAUCGUGGAUGUCAGCGAAUGUCCAGCUCCUUGUCGUAUGCGUCUAGAUUGUGAGAACUGCCUCGACGAGCGCGGGCGUUGCGUUUGGUGCGAGGCCACUCGACAAUGUUUCAGUUUUAGUGUUUACACCAGCGAAUACCAAUUCGGUCUCUGUCGUGAAUGGCUCGAUCGCGCUUCUUCGCCUACCGAUGACGCUACCCGCAAAUCAGGCCAAUGCAAAUCUUGUCAAGCUCACGCACAAUGCUCGACUUGUUUGAGGAGUAUGGGCUGCGGGUGGUGUCACUCACAUGAAAAUCCAAUUAAAGGUAUAUGUACAGAAGGUGAUUUUACGCGUGCUCAUGUGAAUUGCGCAUCGCUUUUAAAUGUAACAUCUAGUGAUGCUGGCUGGGCGUAUGCUCAAUGUCCUGAUGUUGACGAGUGCGGACUUGGCCUUCACGACUGUCAUGAACAUGCUGUAUGUAAUAACACCCAUGGUUCAUAUACUUGUAAAUGCAAACAGGGAUAUAUUGGAGAUGGUAAGAAGAGUUGUAUGAGAACAUGUUAUAACAAUUGCAUCCAUGGUUAUUGCCUAGGAGCUCCUCAAUACAAAUGUCAAUGUGAUCUUGGAUGGACGGGUGCGGAUUGCUCAAUAAAUUGCGGGUGCCAUAAUCAUUCAACUUGUAAGACUGGUGUAGGUAGGUGUGACGAGUGCCAAGAUUGGACGGAAGGAGAAUUUUGCGAAUCUUGUAAGCCCGGUAGUCAUGGUAAUGCUACGACCGGGCAAGGUUGUCGGCGGUGUGAUUGUAACGAUCAUGGCGAUGAAACACGCGGUGUCUGUGAUGUUGCAACGGGUGAAUGCAUUUGCAAAGACAAUACUGUUGGCCAGAAUUGUGAACGGUGUAAGCUUAACUUUUAUGGUGAUCCAAGACAUGGCGGACGUUGUUAUUAUCAAUGUGAACCUCGAGGAAUGUUAAACGCAUCGGAGACCGAAGGUAUAGGUUCUUAUAAGAGAGAUAUAAAACCAAUUGGACCUUCCAAAGAAUGUUUAUGGAUUAUAUCAGCUGACGAUAUAAAGGAUGCCAUUAUACAAUUUACUAUAAACUCUUCUACUUCUGACGUGCCAUGUGAUGAAAAUGCAGUGUAUGUAUACGAUGGUUUGGGUGGUGUACCUGAUAUGAUUAACAACCAACAGAGUCAACUUCUUGGUGUAUUUUGCAAUGGAGCAUCCUCGGGAGUAGUGGAAGCCCGAAGUGGAAACUUAACAGUACAUUAUAAACAAGGCAAGGAGGAACAAGGUUUUGAGGGAGUAUACAAGGUACUGGCAUGUGAUGAUCAUUGUCCAUGGCCUAGAGUAUGUAACAAACGGCACUGUGUAUGUAGAGAAGGAUUCGGUGGAACUGAUUGUGACAUUGAAAUCUGUAGGAAUAAUUGUAGUAUUGCAAUUGGUGCCGGGACGUGCGACACUAGUUAUGGCCGCUGUCUCUGUAAUGAAGGUUAUGGUGGGGAUGACUGUUCUAUAAAAUUGGAUAGAACCCAAUUGGUAUUUACGGAACUUUUUAAUUCUGAGUAUUUGAUGGAAGGCUUAGACCAUCUCAGGAAAACAUUGCCAAGAUUUGGACAUAGUUUGGUUGCAGAUAGAAGAGGCCUAUGGAUGUUCGGAGGGUAUUCGCUUUCUCAUGGGCCCUUGAAUGACAUUCGAUUUUUCGAUACUAAAAACAAUACUUGGAUGCAAGUAACUGUGGAAGCUACGCCCGAUGCGAAAAUGCCGGAAGGUCGGUAUUUCCAUGGAGCUGAAAUUUAUCAUUCUAAGCAAAAUAUAUACAUUUACGGAGGGCUGAGUCUACAGGAGAAAAGUGCCCAUAAUAAAACUCUUGACGAUUUCUGGCAGUUUAGCUUGAAAGAUCAAAGGUGGGGCAUUAUCAAAACAAAAGAGGAACAGCCACCGCCCCUCGCGGGGCAUACGUUGACGUUACAAAAAUAUCAGGAUUAUGAAAGUCUGGUUUUGAUUGGAGGUUUCUCUAUGGAAAAUGGUUUCAUGGAUGAUGUGUGGGAGUUUGACUUGGACAAUGAUAAAUGGAUAAAACUGAACUGUGGAGGUGCUAAACCUUCUGGUCUAAUCGGACAUAGUUCUGUCUACCACGCACCCUCGCAAAGCUUAUACAUAUAUGGAGGUAUUUUGUACGCCUACAAUGGCACAUCAAUGUCUAAUAAGCUCUUCUCUUUUCACUAUCCAACCAAACAAUGGAGUGAGCUCCCGAAUUUUCCGAAUUUAAAUCACUACGAGCGACUGCCGCAACCUACUUAUCUACAUUCUGCUGUUACCACAAACGAAUACAUGAUUGUUUUUGGGGGUCGGACGGAGCCUGAUAAUAGAUCUGACAAUUUAAUAGCGUACGUGUACAGUUGUAAUCAAUGGGUUAGACUUGUGAAAGGAGUUAGUAUUGUUGGUCAUCCACCUCCACCGACAAUAGCUCAUGCAAUGGCCAUAGACGUCGAGUCGGAAAAUGACGGCUACAUAUACAUAAUCGGUGGCUGGACGGGCAGUGCGCAUUGUCAAGUGACGCGUAUAUCUCUUCCCGAAGACCUAUGUUCGCUAUGGAGUACAAGCAAAAUGGAAUGCCGCAGUCACAUGGGCUGUAGUUUCUGUAGCACUGGGAAUUAUACUAAAUGUUACUCCGUCGAUAAACCCGGUUGCGAGGGUAGCGACAGGGUGUCCACUAAUUCUGGUGCGGCUUGUGACGCAGAACUGGUUUCGAGGCGAUCUUGUGAGAAUUUCACUACGUGCUCUUCGUGUUUGGCAGCUUGGCCUUUAUACCCUGAGGAGAAACCGGCCUGUCGUUGGUGUGAAUCUUGCGCUGCUGCAGUUGGUGAAUGUGUACCUACGGAUGAAUCUUGUACAAGCAUUAAAUGUAAUGCAGGCACCACAUACAUAAGUGACGUAGAUCAGUGCCCUGAAUUGAGAUGUGUUGCGCCUGAUUGCGAAAAAUGUGUGUCAAACCAAUGCACUUGGACUCGAGAAGCUAGCAGAGAAGGGCAAUUGACGAGAAUCUUAGAGGACCCUUCUGAAGAGUUUUUCAACUGGACGUGCACACAAAUCGAGGAACAAGGGCGUACUAGUUUGCGACCCACCACAAAAGAGGAAUGUCCAAGUCGAUGCCACACGUACACCGACUGUCAAUCGUGUUUGAGCUCUGACGGAGCCGAGGGGGGUUAUUCGGAAUGCCAUUGGGCGACGUAUCUCGGCAAGUGCAUAUCCCCGGCUUACCAGCCCGUGUACUGUGCUGGUGGCGUUUGUGGUCUGGUGCUGACUAAAGCAGACAAGAACAAGUGUCCCGCGCCUUGUGCAACAUUCACACAGUGCUCGGAGUGUUUACAUCAUUCCCAUUGCGGUUGGUGCGCGAUAGCUGGCGCUAACGGUAUGGGAGUGUGCGCAGAAGGCUCUAUAGACACACCGCUAGAUUACUCGACGCGGACAAACUGCUCCGCGGUGUUCAACCGCCAACGUCAGUUGAUCAGUAAUACCUACAAUUACACGUGGCACUACACUCGAUGUCCGCCGGAGAAUGAGUGUAAGAAUCACCAUCAUCAGUGUAAAGAAGAUUCUGAGGUGUGUCACGAUCUGCCCGAAGGGUACGAAUGCGCUUGCGGGGUGGGCCACAAGCGGUCCCCCGCCGGGGUCUGCGCUGCCGUAUGCUCGCAGGGCUGCGUGCGAGGCGUUUGCGUGCAGCCCGACGUCUGUCGCUGCGAUUUCGGCUACGUCGGCGCCAACUGCACCAUACAGUGUCAGUGCAACGGCCACUCGCACUGCGAGGGACCCGACAAGCUCGACCAGUGUAUCGAGUGCCACAAUAACACUAUGGGUGAUCAAUGCGAGAAAUGCAUGCCGAAUUUUGUGGGCGACCCCACGAACAACGGCCAGUGCGUGCCUUGCUCAAUAUUCUGCCACGGGCACACGACGGUAUGCGUGAGCGAUACAUCAGAGACAAGGGACAUUAUUGCACCGGACCCAGAAGACUUCUAUAGGGACCCGGCGGCGGCCAAGGCCCGUUGUUUGCGGUGCGAUAACCACACCGAAGGCACGAGGUGCGAGAGAUGCAACGAAGGUUACUUCAGGGGAACCGAGGAUUUCCGAGACCCGUGCAGACCUUGCGAAUGCCACGGCCACGGUGAUAGGUGCGACCCUGUGACCGGCGAGAAGUGCAACUGUGGCAACAACACCGAAAGCGACGCGUCCUGCCAAACAUCUAGCUCUAGCAAGAACUCUGCGCAGGAGUGCUGGCGGUACCAAUGUGUUAAAUGCCGAGACUUGUAUAUGGGCGACCCGCGCAAUGGACACCAAUGCUACAAGACCAUCAAUAUAGAGAACAAGCUGUGUUUCGACGGCAAGUCCAUUGAUGAAUGCAAGAUCAAACCACGCCCAUUAUAUCCAGGACAGACUGUAUUCGUCGCAGUUAACCCUAGAUACAUGAACGUGGACAUACGAGUCAUAGUUGACGUCACACAAGGGGCGGUAGACUUGUACUUAAGUCCUAACGACAGCUCAUUCGUGGUGGCUGUCAACGCCAGUAACGGAGCGCACACCGUAGAGCUAGAUCCUACGUAUUACAAGCACGAACCGUUCCGUAAAAUGCCGUCUUUCGACGACCACGUCCCAGACAAGCGUCGACUGACUUGGUGGUAUGACAAAACCGAAUACACCCUAGCGGAUUACAAGGCGAAAGAUCUCGCGACCUACGUGACCGUCGAUAGAAAGAACAUUCUGCUUAGAGUGAGGAAUCUGAGGAAUCGCCUUGUGCUAACUCUGCCACAAAACGUGCACGAUCUGACGCACACCAAGUUUUACAUUAUAAUCAAGGCGAAGAGCACGGAUGACGGAGCGGCGAGCUUCGGUGUAAUAUUCUUCCGACAGGACCAGCUCCACAUAGAUCUGUUCGUGUUCUUCUCUGUGUUCUUUUCGUGUUUCUUCUUGUUCCUCGCCGCGUGCGUCGUCGCGUGGAAAGCGAAACAAGCGGCCGAUGUCAGGAGGGCUAGAAGACGACAUGUAGUUGAGAUGCUGCAUAUGGCGAAGCGUCCGUUCGCCUCAGUGACUGUGAUGGUUGGCAGCGCGGGGCGACGUAAGAGGGCACCGGAUCUGCGGCCCGUCGCCAUCGAGCCCACGGGAGACGGCCGCGCCGCUGUCACCUCCGUGUUAGUGCGAUUGCCUGGUGGUGCCCGCGCGCCCGUACGCCUAGCAUUGGCGUCAUCAUUGGUGCUCGUGUCUCGAGCGCCGGUGCCUAGGCCGAGACACCAAUCACGCCAGAGGAGAGGACUGCACUCCUAAUACGUAAACAAGGUCACUCUUCAUGCCAUCGUGUCCAGCUCAAGGGCCAUUCGUUCCCGCCUUGCGAGUGAUGCAUAAUACCGCCAUAGACUGUACCUAGAGAAACGUGUGCUAUAUUCGUCUAAAGUUCUGCAUUUCUGUGUAGGCUAGUCUCGGCCCGGUUUGUUGCACCAAAAAAAUUAACAAUAAUAGUAAUCUCCCGAAUAAAGGUAUUAUUUUAUUAUUGCCUGAUUACACUAUUCCAGUUUCAAUCCACUUAUUAACAAAUUAAGACCUUGCAAAAGGUACGCAGUGUUUGUAAUAACGUGGUAAGAAAUUUAUAUAAGAUAUUGCUUUAGUAGAAAUUUAUUGACAUUACUCACUUUCGUUUAUUCGUAAAUAUACUGGAAUACGCACUCUAACAAAGACUGCAAUAAUGUCAACCGAUUUUAUGAAAUAUCUCAGUGUAAGUAAAAAGUAAAACUUCAUCACAAUUUAUGCACGAUAGUAACCAAAUACUGAUACAACGUUAACUCCGUCUGUAGCCAUUAUUGUUUAUAUUUGAGGAAUAUUUUUAAUCGGUUUUAAUUACAAAUUCAAAUAGUUUUAAAAAUAGUACAAUGGACGAAGAAGAAAAAUUCGUUAUGUAAAGAAAAACAUUUUAGGAGAAUCGGAAGAUUUAGAAGAAAGUCCUAAAUCAAAAUAAUCGAAUUUUACAUAUUUUGAAUUGUAGAAGCAAAACUUUAGCAUACCGAAUUCUAUUGUAAUUGUAUAGUUUUGUGUAAGGUAGAUAUUUGGUGCGACUGACCUAUCCAUAACGAGUUUUUGAAACUUGAUGCGUUAUAUUAAGUUACAUUUGUCAGUUAAAACUGUUUUAUUACUGAUUUAGGGUGAAUUGGUCUCCGAUUUAUACAGUAUGUGAUUACUAUAAAGAGAUAUAUCAGGAAUAGCAGUAUUGUACAUUACCAUCGUAUUUGUGAUGAUUUAUAUACGUUCAUGUUUAAAGAGCCAAAGGAAUCAAAAUUAAGCACAAAUCGUGCGCGGGUUGAGAAUAUUUUAGUAGAAAUCGUUAUGUUAUACUUCAAAAUUUUAUUACAUAAAAUGUUGACAAUCUGUUAAUUUCUGUUGGUGCUGAUUGUCAGUGCACGCAAUAUUAUAGAUAUUUAUUUAUUAGUUCAAUUUACUAAAUCAAAUUCGUAACGUGUCCUUCAUUAAUUGCUAUGGUUUAAGUGACUCAUCAAGUUCCUUAUAAAAAUAUCGGUGAAUCUCUCUUGGAUGUGAUCAAAAAAUAUAAUUGGCUUCAAAUGGUUCAAGUCUAUAUGAAUUUAUUGGUAGUUAAAGAUUUUGUAUGUAUAUAAAGCAAAUUAUUUUAAGACGAAUCUCACCACUAUGAAAAGGCAGCUAGAAUAUUGUGAGGUGUAUAAUCUUUUUUUACUUAUACCGUCCACAUUGGCGCAUUAGCUGAUACCUAUCAUAAUAAUAAUUAAGUUUUUUACUGUGGAUUGAUUUUUUUGCGCAAUUGUAUACCUGGGUCACUUCUCAUUUAUUUUUAACAUUUACACAAACUUGUUUAAAAUGACGUUAAAAAUGAAAUUCUAAUAAAAAGUAAACCCUUGUGCAAACGUAUAGUCUUAUCACAAGAUGCCGAUAGGUACUUGAUUAAUAAAUUAGUGUAGUAGCUAUACCUAACUAAAUAAAUUGGUUCGAUUUGAUAUAAAGUAGCGGUGUAGUUCAGGCAUGAAGACAGUUAGUGCAGAAUUUUACUCGCUACACCAGCCGUCCUGCACAUAUAGUUCUUAACGCUUUUAUUGAAGAUCAUGUUCAGCUGCUUUCAUGUACACCAACUUUGUAUUCGUAUUAAGUAACUUCGCCAUGAUGAAAAUCCUUUACUACAUAUUGCAAAAAAAUGGCAGAGGUUCGGAAUGUGAAUCAAUUGUUUUUUUUCUUAGUCUCAGAUAUUUAUAUACUUUAUGUUUUUUUUAUUAUGUGUAGUUAAAUUAUGGAUUCAAUUUCAACAUUCAGUUCACUUUUUCAUAUUAUCUUUGUUAUAAUUAUCUUAGGCAUAGUCUAUAUGCAUUGAAACCAUUCUUCCGGUUUUCCUUUCCCUGUUUCCACGUUGAUUGACAUAUUCUGUAUCAUAUGUCUCUCAGGUUUCUCAUGGUUCAUCUGUCUGACCGUCACGCAAAUGUCAACCAUAAUCACCAUUAAAUUAAUUUAAGUGAUUGAAUCGUGUUCGUUUUUUAGACAAUAAGUUAGUAUACCUUUUAUUAGUUAAUCACUGCCGAAAUAAUGGUUUAAAGUAUCCAAAGGUACUUACUUAUUUUUAUUCAGUCUUUCCUGAUAUUUUUCUAAAUAAUACCCAAAAUGAAUGUUCAAACUCGUUAAGUUUAAUAAUAUAUAGUAUAGAUCAAUCACUAGUUUCUGCCCUUAACUUUUGUCUUUUCCAAUUCAGUAUUUUUUUCUUUCGGGAUUUUUUCCUUUUCUUGACAUAAUAAGCGUCGUAUGUUUCAAACUUUCAAUUCAGGGAAGUAAUGCACUUUCUGUGUCGAAUUUAAUGGAAAUUUGUUCAGCUGUUUUUCUAUACUGAUUAAGAAACAUCAGGCUUUCACAUUUAUAUUAUAAAUUAUGAUAUCGGCAUCUUGUGAUGAGAUAAAUCAUUCUGGAAUUUAGAUUUUGAUGUUCCUAUUCUGUUAUAUGUAAUUAUAGUAGGUUUAUUUGUUAUAAUAACGAGAUAUAAAUUGAAAGAAUUGAAGUUUCACACACAAAUAUUUUUUUUGUCUUUUUCAAGAAUUAAAAUGUAUUGUUAUAUAGUGAAGGAAAUUGUGUAAUCUAAUUAUACAUUGUACAUAGUUUUGUUUUGAUUAACUUUUAGUGUCAUGUUAAGAGGAAUACACUACAAACAAAUUAUUUUUUCACAAUCAUUUUGUAUUCGACAGUAUUGUGUAAAUUGAUUGAUCAAUUACUCGAAUUUAUUUAUUAUCUUCGUGUUGAUAGACAGUUACGAAAGAACGAAGUAAAAAUGCGAUCAUAUUUAGGUACAUCCUUUUGGCUAUUACUAUUUCAACCAGUUGCAUAAUUGAAAGAAUGAAUGUUCACAGUUGUAUGACAGUGUUAGCAGGAUACUAGCUAACUUUAUUUCUUUUGGAGCAAUUUCUGUGUUCCCAAGACUGAUGUGUUGGUAGUAUUCAUUUAAUUUGUCAAAUAGCUUUUUAUUUUUAUGAACAAUAAGUAAAUAAUGUUGCUGUUCGAUAAAUUGUUUGAAGACAACCUGUAUUUCAGUAUAUUCACUUUAUAUGGAACCUGAAAAGAAUCCAAAAUAACAGUUCAUCAUGUAAUAUUAAAUUUUUUUAGUUAGUGAUAUUAAAAGAAGGAUGUGCGACGGAAACAUCAGAAAAUAUAAUUUUGAGACGUGUGUGUAUAAAGAAGCUGCUGCCGCCUUCACAUCAUUAAAACGUAGGAUAUGCCUGCGUGGCGAUCGUAAUUUGGGUGGCGUCCAUAUUGAUAUAAUUUGUUCUAGAUAAGGCGAUUAUCACAAUCUGCUUUGGUUAUGAAUGCAAUUUUAACAUCGUAGUUACUUAUGUUGUACCUAUUGAUACAAUGUUAAAACUGCAGCACCUGUGUAUGUAUUAAGUAGGUAUAUCUUGAUUUGUAUACAAAAACCGCAUGGUAUAAUUAAUAUUUAAGUUACAUAAGGCAAUAAAUACCCCUCGCAGUCUGCCGUCCUGGACCAUGGCACUCUAUAUAGGCCCUUUUCUUUAUUACGUUGGUAAAAUCUCUAGUUAUAGACGUUGGCGCCCUUAUGGGGCACACCAACGAACGGACCUCACCUAGCCUCUUGCGAGUCUUACGGAUGCGAAACGGAGGAGCCGUUGAGCAGUCCGCGCGGCUUACAAGCGCUUACGGCAUACUAUCCUCUAUAAUACCCUGCGAGUACCCUCUACAUUGUUAAGGGCAGUUCCACGAGAUCCGAGUCUAGGCCCUAGGGUUAACACGCCCCUCAACACCUCUAUGUUUAGUGCAGUGUGAUAACCGCCUUACUGUUUGCGAAACAUGAAUUAAAAUUUUAUCAAUGGGGACAUUUCCCCAAAAACCAUUCAAAUUGGUGUUUUCAGUGAAUUCUUGUCAAAUGAGUAUUUGUUUAAGAUUUAUCUGUAAGAAAUAAUGUAAUUAAGCGAAAGAAAGAUCUAUUGCGAUAGUUCUCUAUCUUUGUAAGAGAGUACUGAUAUUCUUAAAAAUAACUACUGUAGUAAGAUAAAUAUAUUUGAUCAAAGGUAUAAAAAAGUCCAAAUUACAUUCCAUUGUAUAUGUUGUACAUAGUAAAUGUAUUCUAAUAACAAGAUUAGAUCAGGUAUUCAAGAGCUUUAAGGUACAUUAUAUUAAGAAAAUAAAUUGCUCAUCUACUUCUAUUUUGAACUUUUUCUAUAUCUACCAACAUUUUAAAUGCAUUUAAGUAUAAAUUAUUUAGGUAUUAUUUUGAUUAAAACAUUUUGGAAAGUAAAAUGUAUCUACUUUCAAUUUAAUUUGGUAUAAAUGUACAAUAUAUUUUUUCCCGAGGGUAAGACCAACUAGACAUCAUGAUGGCAGGACCCAUUGUCCUCUAUCAUCAUGAAAUACUAAUAGAUUGUUUCAGGAUAUAUAAUUUACUUAUGUUUGAUAAGCAAGCAAUUGCUUGUGAAUAUCUUCUCAGAGAUCAAGUGACUUGUACCUACUAUCUUUCAGUGUAGUUGUGCUAAUUGUAAAUUGACCAUCUAUGCACACCUGUGUUCUAUAUAUUGUUAGUCUCAUUUGCUUUCUUUCUAACCUCUCCUUUCAGUUCUGUAGUUUGAAUGUGUCUGACUAUAAUUUUUAAGGUAAGCAUUUACUAAAAUACAUAAUUAUGUUGAAGGGUUUAUUUUAUACAUGGUGUUUUGGGUAUUCCAUAUUUUUUUGUGUGGUAUAACUUGCUCAAAAAGUAUUUUGAUAUGCAAUUCUAGCUCAAUUUAAAUGUCUGUUUAGAUUAUCAUCUCUUAUAAAUUGUUGUACCAUGUUUAAUAUCUAUGUUAUACACUUACCAUUGCGUAAAUGCCUAUAUUCUGCAUUUGUCUUAAUUAAACAAGUCUUAUCUAAGUGUGUAAGUACUUGAACAUUUUGUGAAUGCCACCUGUUCAAGUGGAUUUUUAAAAUGUCAUUCCAAUGUCCAUGACAACAUUCAUUAGGCAGCAAUACUUUCAUGACAGUCAAAUAGGAUCUAAUUACAGUAUUAUGAAUAAGCAAUAUAUAUAUUUUUUGUUUAGCCUAAAUGUAAAAUGUUUAUAAAUAAAAUAUACUGUUGGUU